GGCCUUAGCAAGCUGCUGCUUGGCCCAAUAUAACGUAGUGGUCGAACCGCUGUCACGAUAAAGAUGCCGAUGACAACGGCUGCGAUCAGCCCUCGUCAUCAGCCCGUCAAAUAAAGGGCGCGUGCCAAUAUGCCAGCUGUAGUCGAACCAGGCACGCUGAUACGGACUCGGGCGCCCGCCGAACCCAACCCCACCCUCGACUCGCACGCGUCGUCCAUCCGUCGACCCAUUCAUCCAUCCAACAACGCCCCGUCGCGACGCCUCCCCCUCCGUGGGCUCUCUUUUAUCAUCUCCCUGUACCGAGAAAGGACGACGAGGCGCUCAUUUCAUAGCGCUCGCUCCAAGACCGGCCGUGCUCCCGAGCCCCACGAGGCCCCCCGAUUCUUGUCCCCGAGCGUGCCCUCAAGAAUUAUUACGCCCCCUCACCAAACGAAUCAAAGCAUUCAUCCCUCCCUCUCCGAGCUCGAGCUCUUCGCCUUCCAUGGAUUCGUUUGCCAGUCCUCUUCACCUCGACUCCUGAUCCGUCUCCACUCUUCCGGCGGUGGUUGCAUCUGCCAUCGGUGGUCGAUCACCAUGGUCUCUCUGGCAGACUCCUCCCAGAGCCCAUGCGCCUCCUCCGCCAGGAUCCAGCGCUCCCUGGGCCGAUCCAUGCGCACCAUCCGCUCCAAUCUCUUUCGGAAUGAUCCGCCCCCCGUCGCGUCCCCGUCCGCGCGGUCCGGCGCCGUGUCCGAGAACCUGACCGACUCCGUCGUCGACUUCCAGCUCCGGGAGCUCGCCGUUGGACCCCCCCGGCCUUCCGACGCCAAGUCUGCUGCCUCCUCCACCGAGUCGGCAGCCGAGCUGUUAGAGCUGUCGCGGGACUUCUCCGACUACUCCAGCUUCAACUCCGACAUCUCCGGGGAGCUCCAGCGGCUGGCGUCCAUACCCCUGACGGAGGUGCCCCCGAGCCCUGCGACGUCCGGGCCGGUCGACAUCGAGGCACUCGUGAUGGGGUUUGGUUCGCCGUCGUCGUCGUCGUCGGAGAUGCUCGAGAGCGCUUCGGUCGAGAGCGUGGAGCCGGCGGUGAAGGCGUGCGUGGAGGGACUUGGGUCGCCAUCGCCGGAGGUGAAGCGCGCGGCGGCGGCGGGGAUUCGGCUCCUGGCGAAGCACCGGUCGGACUUCCGGGCGCUGAUCGGAGCUUCGGGGGGUAUCCCGCCUCUUGUGCCGCUGCUGAAGAGCACAGACCCGGCUGCGCAGGAGAGCGCUGUGACGGCGCUGCUGAACCUCUCCCUGGAGGAGGCGAACAAGGGCCCCAUCACGGCGGCGGGGGCGAUCAAGCCGCUGGUUUACGCGCUGCGCACGGGGACUGCGGUGGCGAAGCAGAACGCGGCGUGCGCGCUGCUGAGCCUUUCGAUGAUCGAGGAAAACCGGGCGACCAUCGGAGCGUGCGGGGCGAUCCCACCGCUGGUGGCGCUGCUAGUCGGCGGGACGAGCCGGGGGAAGAAGGACGCUCUCACGACGCUGUACAAGCUGUGCUCGGCGCGGCGGAACAAGGAGCGGGCGGUGAGCGCGGGGGCGGUCCCCCCGCUGUUAGAGCUGGUGGGCGAGCGCGGCGGGGGCACGACGGAGAAGUCGCUGGUGGUGCUGGGUAGCCUGGCGGCGAUACCGGAGGGGAGGGAGGCGGUCGUUGCGGCUGGGGGGAUUCCGAUGCUCGUGGAGGCCAUCGAAGCGGGCCCGGCGCGUGGGAAGGAGUUCGCGGUGCACGUUCUGCUCCAGCUCUGCGCCGACAGCGCCCACAACCGUGGCCUCCUCGUCCGCGAGGGCGCCAUCCCACCGCUCGUAGCGCUCUCGCAGUCCGGCUCCUCGCGUGCCAAGCAAAAGGCGGAGAUGCUUCUCGGGUACCUGCGGGAACAGCGGCAGGACGGUGGGGCGACGCCGGCCCCGGCGAGGUAAUUCGUGAUCGGUAACAUGGCAAAGAUUACAUUUUUCCCGUACAGAAGCGAACCAUUUUGGUCUCUCUUCACUGUGAAUGAACCAAUCAGAGUCUGGAUCGGGGUCUGUGGUGUCUGGUGUGAAUGCUGGCUUCCAGGUUACGAUGACGGGGUUAAUGUGUGUGGGUGGUGGGGGGGUUUGGGGGGGGGCGGGGACUGUAAGAUACUUGCCGGUCGCAAAAAACCUCUGGUUUUGGUGUGUCAUCAAUCAAAAUUGCUUCUUUCGUAUGCUAUCAAAUUGGGUUUUAUGAACACUUGAUCCACCAGAGUUCAAUCGAUCGACAGAGCUGACUGGAAGCAAAAUUCUUAUCA